UACGUUCAGUUCUUCUAUUUUGAUACGUGCAAAAUGCAAUUCUUUGAUGGACGCAACUACAGAAUCAAUAAAAUUCUCCUGUCGUGCAUAGGCCAAUGGCCAUAUCAAACAAAAAGGAGUAGUAGCGCUAUUAUUGUCAUUAUAGUGUCUUUAACUGGUACGCAAUUUGUCGCCAAGAUAUGUGGUUUGCUCUCGAUUGAAGAUAUCGAUAUAUUCAUCGAUUCUCUUUCACCAUUAGUAGUCGAUAUAGGAUGUGGAGUAAAAUUAAUCACUUGUAUAUUAAAGGCAAGGGAGAUCAAAGCACUUUUUGAUCGAAUACAGAGCGAUUGGCAAUUGCUAAUGAAAUCGACCCACAUUAAAAUUCUUAAUAAUUAUGCGCAAAAUGGGCGAACAUUUACAAUCAUAUACGCAAGUGCUUUUUAUUCUGCAUUGGUGUUAUUUAUGCUAGUGCCACUGUUACAACCAUUGUUUCUGCAUUCUACUUCAAAUAAUACAGCUCGACCAUUACUACACCGGGUCGAAUACUACAUUGAUAUGGACAAAUAUUACUUUCCCAUCUUAGUUCAUGGAUAUGCUACAGCUAUUAUUUGCGUAAGCAUAGCCAUUGCAGCGGACACUAUGUAUGUAAUCAUGAUACAACAUAUUUGCGGACUAUUUAAGAUCAUCGGGCAACAACUAGAAAAUAUAAUAAAGGAAGAUAAUCUAGAGAUAAAUCUUAAACCAUCUGUAAAAGAUGAUGAACCAUAUAAAAAUAUUGUAAAAAGCAUUCAUGCGCAUAAAAAUGCUUUAAGGUUCGCCAAUCUCGUCGAAGCUACAUUCAGUCAAAUGUUUCUUAUACUAGCAGGUUUUAAUAUGCUUAUCAUGAGUAUGACAGGAGUUACGGCUGUGACAAACAUGAACAAGCCGGAAGAAUUUUUAAGGCAGAUAACAUUUGCGUGCGCAUUAUUAGUGCAUCUAUUUUUCGAGAGUUUUCAAGCGCAAAGUCUAAUCGAUCACAGCAUAUAUAUUCAUAUUAGUUUAAUGAAUAUAGCAUGGUAUCAAACCUCAUUUCGAACAAGGAAAAUCUUGAUCUUUAUGAUAAUGAAAACGCGAGAACCUUGUGUACUAACAGCAGGAAAGAUAUUCGUGAUAUCCAUGGAUACUUUCUCUACAGUAAGAUUUACAUAUUAUGCGUGUUUAAUAAACAAUAUAUAUUUAUCAAAGAAAAUAGCAUUCAUUAUCACUUCAUUGGUACUUAAUUUAUAAAAAAAUAUCUUAUUAUCAAAAUUAACAAUAA